UCUGUGGCUUGGGAACGGGGAGUCUUGGGAGAGUGAUUUGGGUUGGUCGGAGUUGCAUGCAGGACCGGGGUUCCUGAGCACCCCCCUCCUGGGACAGACACGCGAGAUGCCACCCUCGCCAAGGAAAUCUAUCAAGGAGCGCGAGCUGUUCUCCCUGACCUCAUCUCUACCAUGUUGCUCGUGGCUGAAGGUAGUUCUGUGCAGCCACAUGCGUAAUCUAUGGAUGGUGCUCAUGGCCCUCACUGUGCUCUGUGUGGCCAUCCAGAUCCUAGGAGUCGUCUGGCAAUCCAGGAAUGAUAAGAUGUUAAGCGAGAAGCUCCUGAAUGUGCAGUUCACCAUCAAGAUCCAGAGAACGCUCCCGACGGAGCAGAGGGACUGGGUACGCUUGCGCUCUUCACACGCCCCUGUUGUAGAAGAGGAAAUGAGGUCACAGGAGGAAGGAGCUCUUAAACAACGGGCCAAAGGGCAGCAGAAGGUAGCAGAACAUCAACAUGGCAGAGAUGAGCCAGGGGUGGAGAGGCGUGUCCAGGAGCAUCACCAACAUCUAAAGCUCUCAUACACUGUCAGUAAGGUCAAAGACUCUAGGAAAGAGGCCAGGGGUAAAGUUUCAGCAGUAAAGGCAGCCCUGCCCAAAGGCACAAUGGGUGAUGAUGAGUUGCAUUUGGGGGUUCCUGGGUCUGUAGUUCUCCAGCUGGGCCACCCAUCUAUCAAAGUGGUAUCCACCUUACCUUACAAACCUCCCGAACUCCUCUCAACCAAUCGGCUGAAGAGUAGAAAGAGCCCUGCCCCUUUAGGCACCAACUCUGUAGUUGCCGGGGUGAUAAACGAGGUGAAAUCUGAGGUAGCCAGCGCCACCUGUUGGCCGAAGAACCACAUCGUCUUUCUCAAGACGCACAAAACGGCCAGCAGCACCAUCCUGAACAUCUUAUAUCGCUAUGGCGACAGCCGCAAUCUGACCUUCGCCCUUCCACUGAACAAGCACAGCCAGCUGUUCUAUCCCUUCUUCUUCGCCUCACACUUUGUAGAGGGAGUGAGGAGCCGCAGUGUCAAAGAGUUCAACAUCAUGUGCAACCACAUGAGGUUCAGACCACCAGAGGUGAGGAAAGUGAUGCCCCAGGACACGUUCUACUUCUCCAUCCUGAAGAACCCCGUUGCCAUGAUGGAGUCCAUUUUCAUCUACUACAAGAGCAUCCCCGCCUUCCACAAGGCCCGCAGCCUGGACGACUUCCUUGACAAUGGUUGGCGUGGUUACAACACCUCCCUGCCCAACAACCAUUAUGCCCGUAACAUCCUGACCUUUGACUUUGGCUUCGACAACAACGUCGCAACAGAGACACCCGGAGACCUAGAGACGCGGGGCGCCAAAGCCAUUGGCGCCAUUGAGCAGGACUUCCACCUCAUCCUCAUCUCAGAGUACUUUGACGAGUCCAUGAUCCUGCUCAAGCGCGCCCUCUGCUGGUCUCUGGACGAUGUCGUCUCCUUUAAGUUGAACAGCCGAAGCGAGCGCACACGGCACAUGCUCUCCCCGCACACCGCCGACAAGAUCAGAGCCUGGAAUGCCCUUGACUGGCAGCUCUACCUGCACUUUAACAUCACCUUUUGGCGACGCGUGGACGCUACUGUGGGGCGUGAGGAGAUGAGACGGGAGGUGACUCGGCUGCAGGAGCGACGUGCCGAACUAGCCAAAACCUGCCUGAAGGAUGGUGGUGCAGUGGACCCGUCGCAGGUGAACGAUGCCGGGCUGAAGCCCUUCCAGUACGGGGCGGCCAUCAUCCAGGGCUACAACCUGAACCCUGGGCUGGUCGGGCCUACCAAAACACACUGUCAGAACCUGGUCACUCCAGAGCUGCAGUACACAGACACUCUCUACACCAAGCAGUUCCCUGAGCUUGCCGCCAGGCAGAGACAGGCUGCCAAACUGGUCGCCUCACAGCGUCAGCCUAGUUCAGUUAAGGUCAACCCGAACAAAGCAGCCAUGACAGGGCCGGUGAGGGUGAGAGAGGCCAGACACAGUAGGACAGCCAGGAGUGGACAUAGAAACCCUCAUGCUCAGAAACAAAAUGACCUCCCCUCAAGUGCCCUGUCUAAAAUCACUGCAGCUAGAAGUGACAGAAACAUGCCUUAAGGGGGGGCUCUUUCAACACAGACUGGGGACUAGUGGGAAGAUCCACAGGAGCUCAUUGCUGCUGCGUACUGGGGUCUUUUUAAGCUGAACAGCCAAUGGCUAUGUUUUGUCUAUACAGUGAGGACCUUUCGCUGCACAUUAUGUUCACUCUGGCUGGCUGCAGUGCACAGGGCCAGUUGGCUGACUUUGGCGACACUAGGAUAAGCUCUAGUGUUUCUGCCAAACGAUGCUGUACCUGUGUGGGUGGAGGGGAUGGAGUUGGGGGACGAGAGAAGGAAGAGUAGGAAAGAGAAGGAGAGUGCACCUGCGGUGACUGUCCUGCCUUGACUGGUUGGACUGGAAGUAGCCUUUUGUGGCACACAUCUCCUAAACCCUCUCAUCUAAUAUUUCCCGUUGAUCUUGUUACACCCUGAGGUUUACAAUUUGAACCCUUGGGGUGUACAGUCGUAGUCAAAAGUUUUGAGAAUGACACAAAUAUUAAUUUUCACAAAGUCUGCUGCCUCAGUUUGUAUGAUGGCAAUUUGCAUAUACUCCAGAAUAUUAUGAAGAGUGAUCAGAUUAAUUGCAAUUAAUUGCAGUCUCUCUUUGCCAUGCAAAUGAAUUGAAUUCCCCCAAAAACAUUUCCACUGCAUUUCAGCCCUGCCACAAAAGACCAGCUGACAUCAUGCCAGUAAUUCUCUUGUUAACACAAGAGUGAGUGUUGACGAGGACAAGGCUGGAGAUCACAUGCUGAUUGAGUUCGAAUAACAGACUGGAAGCUUCAAAAGGAUGGCAGUGCUUGGAAUUAUUGUUCUUCCUCUGUCAAUCAUGGUUACCUGCAAGGAAACACGUGCCAUCAUCAUUGCUUUGCACACAAAGGGCUUCACAGGCAAGGAUAUUGCUGCCAGUACGAUUGCACCUAAAUCAACCAUUUAUCGGAUCAUCAAGAACUUCAAGGAGAGCGGUUCAAAUGUUGUGAAGAAGGCUUCAGGGUGCCCAAGAAAGUCCAGCAAGCGCCAGGACCAUCUCCUAAAGUUGAUUCAGCUGCGGGAUCGGUGCACCACCAGUACAGAGCUUGCUCAGGAAUGGCAGCAGGCAGGUGUGAGUGCAUCUGUACGCACAGUGAGGCAAAGACUUUUGGAGGAUGGCCUGCUGUCAAGAAGGGCAGCAAAUAAGCCACUUCUUUCCAGGAAAAACACAAUAGACAGACUGAUAUUCUGCAAAAUGUACAGGGAUUGGACUGCUGAGGACUGGGGUAAUGUCGUUGUCUCUGAUGAAUCCCCUUUCUGAUUGUUUAGGGCAUCCGGAAAAAAGCUUGUCCGGAGAAGACAAGGUGAGCGCUACCAUCAGUCCAGUGUCAUGCCAACAGUAAAGCAUCCUGAGACCAUUCAUUUGUGGGGUUGCUUCUCAGACAAGGGAGUGGGCUCACUCACAAUUUUGCCUAAUAACACAGCCAUGAAUAAAGAAUGGUACCAACACAUCCUUCGAGAGCAACUUUUCCCAACCAUCCAGGAAGAGUUUGGUGACGAACAGUCCCUUUUCCAGCAUGAUGGAGCACCUUGCCAUAAGGCAAAAGUGAUAACUAAGUGGCUCGGGGAACAAAACAUCAAUAUUUUGGGUCCAUGGCCAGGAAACUCCCCAAACCUUAAUCCCAUUGAGAACUUGUGGUCAAUCCUCAAGAGGACAAACAAAAACCCACAAAUUCUGACAAACUCCAAGCAUUGAUUAUGCAAGAAUGGGCUGCCAUCAGUCAGGAUGUGGCCCAGUUAAUUGACAGCAUGGCAUGCCAAACUUUGUGGAAAUUAAUAUUUGUGUCAUUCUCAAAACUUUUGGCCACGACUGUACUAUGGUUUGAAUGGGACAUACUUGAUACCAUUGAUUAAAUUGAUUGGGGUUGGGUAAGACUUGCAGUACAGUCUGUCUGCUAACACCAAAAGACAAGCAAAUACCUCCACUUUACCAUGUGGUCUCUCAUUUAGACAGGACAUAUCUCAGGUCUCAUUUCUCUGAGUUGAUCUAAUCUUUACUCAGAGAUAAGGUGGCUCAAUUUGGAGAUUAAUAAAAUACAUGAUGGUCUGGUAAAUAUGUAGACAUCAGAGGAGGCUGGUGGGAGGAGCUAUAGGAGGAGAACGAGCUCAUUGUAAUGGCUGGAAUGGAAUCAAUGGAAUGGUUCCAAACACAUCAAACCCAUGAAAACAAGGUGUUUGACUCCGUUGCAUUGAUUCAAUCCCAGCCAUUAGAAUGAGCCCAUUCUCCUAUAGCUCCUCCCACCAUCCUCCUCUGGUAGAGAUUUAAGGGAAAUUGGUUUUCGUCAAGAUGUAGUCAAGAUAUAUAGAAAUACAAUUCCAGAAUGUUUAACUUAAGAGCACAUCUCAGCUUUUCUGAUACCACCUAAAGAGAGCAAGGGCUUGUAACAUUCUGUAAUAAUUUGUACAUAAACUCAAAUGCAGACAGCAGAAAGUUCCUAGAAUUGUAUCAUCCUUUUAGGUUAGUAACUAAGAGAGAUUGAGUUACUGAAGUUAUUCAGUAACUGAAAGACAUUCAGUAGGCCACUAUGGGAAAAAAUUCAGUUUCCAAGACAUAACAAUGGAGCUCUCGAUUCUCACCGAGAUGGGAGUCACAUUGGGAGUCACAUUAAAAUAUUGUAUUAGAAUAUUGUAUUAGAAGACCAAAUGAUUAAUCUCUUAAAAUUAAAGUGUGCUUUUACAGUUUUUUACAAUCACUUUGGCACUAAUUUCGGAACCUUGAUGUCAUUUUUCAAAACUCUACACACAAAACAACCAAUGGUCAAAAUGCUAAUUUUUCAAAACUCUUCAAAACACUUUUUACAAUUGCUUGGAUACAGUACACAUAAAGCUAACAGAAUUUGUUAAUUGAACUAAAAUCACCUGUUCAAUAUGACACAACUUAACAUCAAAGUAUUACCAUUUCAAAAUGCAAUUCACACAUUACAUCUGAAAUGACUGUCUAUUCAUUUCAUUACAAUGAUUUAACUAUCAAUUGAUACAACUGCUCAAAAUGAUAAGUAACUGUUGCAUUACUCUUAAUGCAUAGUUUUAUGGAAACUGACAAACAAUAUUCCAUGUUUAGAUCAUGAAAGUUUCAGGAUAAUGAGAUCCAUUGACACCAAUUACCGUGGAACAUGAACCAACUGGACUACAUUAUCUAUGGAUGUAAUAUUUCAUCAUCAUUCUUUAUCAGACCACAUUUCUAUGGUCCCAUGUACCACUUUUCCAGACCAUGUUUUCAGAUUUGACAUUACUGUACACUCACCGGCCACUUUUUUAGGUACACCUAUCUAGUACUGGGUAGGACCCCCUUUUGCCUCCACAACAGCUUGAAUUAUUCACGGUGUUGUACGUUAAGAGAUGCCCUUCUGCACACCUCUGUUUUAAACAGCCGUUAUUUGAGCAUUUGUGGCCUUUCUGUUAGCUUGAAUGAGUCUGGACAUUCUCCUCUGACCUCUCUCAUUAAGAAGGUGUUUUUGCCCACAGAACUGCCUCUCACUGAAUGUGUUUUGUUUAUCACACCAUUCUCUGUAAACUAUAGAGAUUGUAGUGCAUAGAAAUCCCAGGAAGACAGCUGUUUCUGAUAUCCUGGAAUCACCAUGUGUGGCAUCAACAAUCAUACCAAGGUCAGUUGCUUAGAUUACGCAUCUUGCCCGUUCUAAUGCUUGGUCGAACAACAUAUAAAGCUCUCUACUCAAUAUACUCUAUAUAUUGAGUUGCAGGCAGCCACAUGAUUCGCUGUUCGAAUGUAACCUUCCUUGAUGAGCCAAAUCAGGUCUGUAGAGCUGAAGGUAUGACCUAUGUCAUUGUGUGGGAUAAUGUCAGGUUCCACCAUGCUCAAAUGGUGCAAGCAUGGUUUCAGGCCCAUCCACAAUUUACCACCCUGUACUUACCCCCAAACUCUCCUUUCCUUAACCCGAUUGAGGAAUUUUUCUCCACAUGGAGGUGGAAGGUAUAUGAUAGGCGCCCUCAUGAACAAGCCACCCUUCUCCAUUCCAUGGAUGACGCAUGCUAUGACAUCACGGCAAACCAGUGUCAGGCCUGGAUUCGCCCAAAGAUUCUUCCCAAGAUGUUUGGCUAAUGAAAACAGCCAUUGUGAUGUGGAUGAUAACCUGUGGCCAAAUCCACAAGACAGGGUUGAUGGAAAUAUAGAAGUACAGUAAUCAAUCUUUUGUUUUACAGUAAGCCAGGUGGGGAACACUGCAGUGAUGUUUUACAGUAAGCCAGGUGAGGAACACUGCAGUGAUGUUUUACAGUAAGCCAGGUGGGGAACACUGCAGUGAUGUUUUACAGUAAGCCAGGUGAGGAACACUGCAGUGAUGUUUUACAGUAAGCCAGGUGGGGAACACUGCAGUGAUGUUUUACAGUAAGCCAGGUGAGGAACACUGCAGUGAUGUUUUACAGUAAGCCAGGUGAGGAACACUGCAGUGAUGUUUUACAGUAAGCCAGGUGAGGAACACUGCAGUGAUGUUUUACAGUAAGCCAGGUGAGGAACACUGCAGUGAUGUUUUACAGUAAGCCAGGUGAGGAACACUGCAGUGAUGUUUUACAGUAAGCCAGGUGAGGAACACUGUAGUUGACCUUUAACUGUUUUUUCUUUUUUGUAGCGAAUUAUUUUUGCUUUGAUUCAAAGAAACCUAUGUUGGGAUUUUAUUGUAUUUCAUCAAUAAAUUUCAUAUUUUGUUCAGUGUCUGUAGUAUUCUCUCUACUAGUCCUUUUACAGUGAUGUAUUUAUGUGUAGUAACAUAAUGAAACAUGUAUCACAUGUUUUGUACUACAAUAUGGGGCAGGGUAGCCUAGUGGUUAGAGUGUUGGACUAGUAACCGGAAGGUUGCAAGUUCAAGCUGACAAGGUACAAAUCUGUCGUUCUGCCCCUGAACAGGCAGUUAACCCACUGUUCCUAGGCCGUCAAUGAAAAUAAGAAUUUGUUCUUAACUGACUUGCCUGGGAAAAAAAAAAAUAAAAAUAAAUAAUAAUAUUUAAUGAUUGUACGAAAAACAAAACAGUAAAACUAUCGGUAUCUUGUGUGUGGGUGAUCUAAAUGACUGUUUCUAUGGUAUUUCAUAAUAAAUUAGUUAUUUGAACCUAUGAUUCUGUAAGUGCAAGGUUUCUUUAAAGAUAUGAAUGCACAAUGCCAUGUUUUGAACAUUGGACAGCAUGUGCUACGAGUGACGACCGUUAUGAGUUUUGUGUUUAGGGUUUUGAAAAAUGACCACAAGGUUCUGAAGUUAGUGCCAAAGUGAUUGUUAAAAACUGUAAAUGAUACUGCAUUUUAGAGUAAAUAUAUAUGGGUUGUCAAGAAUUGAUCGUAAAAUGGAAAUGUAGAUUUUGUAUUUAGAGAUGAUUUUGUGAUGUGAUUCCUGACAGCCUUAUUCUAAAAGUCAUUAUAUAAAAAGCGAAAAAAGGUUUUUAAAGUUUUUACAAAAUGUAUUACAAAUAGAAAACAGAAAUACCUUAUUUAGAUAAGUAUUCAGACCCUUUGCUAUGAGACUCAAAAUUGAGUUCAGGUGCAUUCUGUUAACUGAGGAAGUACAGUUCCCACUCAGCCCAGUCAAAACUGUUCGCUGCCCUGGCCCCCCAAUGGUGGAACAAACUCCCUCACGACGCCAGGACAGCGGAGUCAAUCACCACCUUCCGGAGACACCUGAAACCCCACCUCUUUAAGGAAUACCUAGGAUAGGAUAAGUAAUCCUUCUCACCCCCCUAAAAGAUUUAGAUGCACUAUUGUAAAGUGGCUGUUCCACUGGAUGUCAUAAGGUGAAUGCACCAAUUUGUAAGUCGCUCUGGAUAAGAGCGUCUGCUAAAUGACUUAAAUGUAAUGACUUGAAUGUAAAUGUUAACGAUCAUCCCUGAGAUGCUUCUACAACUUGAUUGGAGUCCACCUGUGGAAAAUUCAAUUGAUCGGACAUGAUUUGGAAAGGCACACACCUGUCUAUAUAAGGUCCGACAAUUGACAGUGCAGAUCACAGCAAAAACCAAGCGAUGAGGUUGAAUGAAUUGUCCGUAGAGCUCCAAGACAGGAUUAAAUCGAGGCACAGAUCUGGGGAAGCUUAACAAUUUUUUUGCUGCAUUGAUGGUCCCCAAGAACAUAGUGCCCUCCAUCUUUCUUAAAUGGAAGAAGUUUGGAACCACCAAGACUCUUCCUGGAGCUGGCCGCUGUCCAAACUGAGAAAUUGGGGGAGAAGGGCCUUGGUCAGGGAGGUGACCAAGAACCCGAUGGUCACUCUGAGAAAGCUCUAGAGUUCCUCUGUGGAGAUGGAAAAACCUUUCAGAAGGACAACUAUCUCUGCAGUACUCCACCAAUCAGGCCUAUAUGGUAGAGCGGCCAGACGUAAGCCACUCCUCAGUAAAAGGCACAUGACAGCCCGCUUGGAGUUUGCCAAAAGGGAACCUAAAGACUCUCAGACCAUGAGAAACAAGAUUCUCUGGUCUGAUGAAACCAAGAUUGAAGUCUUCGGCCUGAAUGCCAAGCAUCACGUCUGGAGGAUACCUGGCACCAUCCCUAUGGUGAAGCAUGGUGGUGGCAGUAUCAUGCUGUGGGGAUGUUUUUCUGCGGCAGGGACCGGGAGGCUAGUCAGCAUCGAGGCAAAGUUGAACAGAGCAAAGUACAGAGAGAUCCUUGAUGACAAUCUGCCACAGAGCACUCAGGACCUCAUACCUGGGCAAUGAUUCACCUUCCAACAGGACAACGACAGAGAAGAAUGGGAGAAACUCCCCAAAUACAGGUGUGUCAAGCUUGUAGCAUCAUACCCAAGAAGACUCAAGGCUGUAAUCACUGCUAAAGGUGCUUCAACAAAGUACACAGUGAAGGGUCUGAAAACUUAUGUAAAUGUGGUAUUUAAGUUUUUUUAUAUAAAAAAUGGGCAACAAUUUCUAAAAAACUGUUUUGCUUUGUCAUUAUGGGGUAUUAUAAUCAGAGGAAAAAAUGAUGUAAUAAAUUUUAGAAUAAGGCUGUAAUGUAACAAAAUGUGGAAAAAGUCAAUGGGUCUGAAUACUUUCCGAAGGCACUAUGUUUAUUUUUCUCAUUGUUUUGAGCAGUGAUGUUGCCACUGACACGGGAAGCACAGAUUUCAAAAUUGAAAUGGUCAAAUAAAAGGGUGAUGUAUUAUAA